AUGGCAGAAAGUAACAGAUUUGUCCACGUCAGUUUGUAACAUAACCUUGAAAUUCAUAAUCCGGUAUAUAAUCUCGCCAAUGAACAAGACACUUGCGUGCAUGUUAAUUUUUGUAUAUAUUGAAUAACAUAAAUAAGGUAUUACGAGAAAUUUUCUUUGUUUUUUGUCAUUUCCGUAGUUAAGAGAUUAAAUCAAUAAUGCCAAGUGUAAUAAUACGUGCGUAUUAUUUCUGUGAUAUGCAUCAAGUAUGUAAUUAAACAUAUGUAUUUGUUGCAGAAUAUUGCAAUAUGAAUUGGACUUUGUGGUUUUUUAUAUUCGGAUCUUUUGUUUGUAAAUAUACACACGCUCAACAAAGAAUUCCACCAGGUGUAUCACCCCAACAUUAUCAACAAUUCCAGCAAGUACCAGGUCAAGUACCAAUCCAGCAAAUUCCAGUUCAGCAAGUACCUGUACAGCAGCAUAUGCCAACUCAUCAAGUACCAAUUCAACAAGGAGGACAUGGGCAUGAACAUUCACAACCAAUACUUAAUGCUGCCAACAUAGUUCAUGAAAAAGCUCAUAUUGCAGAGCAUAUAGAAGUUCCAAUAGAUACUGCUAAAAUGACAGAGCAGGAAUUACAGUUUCAUUAUUUCAAAAUGCAUGAUGCAGACAAUAAUAACAAGCUAGAUGGUUCUGAGCUCAUAAAAUCCUUAAUUCAUUGGCAUGCUUUUGAUAUGAAGAAUGUAACAAACUCUUUAUAUUUAGAACAAGAAAACAACAAAGAGAUAGGUGGAACUAAUCCUGGACAGAAAUUAUUUAGGGAUGAGGAGUUGGUUACUUUAAUAGAUCCAAUACUUUCUUUGGAUGAUAUUAAUAAUGAUGGAUAUAUUGAUUAUCCUGAAUUCAUACAAGCACAACAAAAUGCAGCAGCUACCGGCAGACAAAGGAUUUAAAUUGCCCUGCUCGCGAUAAGAAUUGUAAAUGCCUUUAUUUUGAUCAUACAUGGGUUGAUAAUCCCAUUGAUAUCCUGGAGCACCUUCCAUUUGUCGAGCUGGAUACAGGAGGACAUGCAUCUGCUGCUUCAUCAGAUCCAUCAGCACACUGUGGUAUACCAUCACAUACAUUAUAUACUGCUAUACAAUCUCCAGAUGAACGACAUUCAUAUUGA